AAAACACCUUUGACGGGGUCAAGGGUCACUAAAUCUGAAGACUUCAAAUGAAGGAGACAUUUUGUGUAACAUAUCAAGUAUCAUAAAAGUCAUUCCCAGUGGAAUUCAAGUCUGAUAUUUUGUGGGACUAUUCAGAGCAGUCACAUGAAGCACUGUAUCUAUUUACAAGGGUCUAGCCCCAUGGGAACCCGUUUUUUUCAGCAGUGAGGCCUACUAGUAGUUACGAAGCCUGAGGCCUUCAAACGAGUAAAAAAUCCUUCCUGCUCGGUCAUUUUUGGGUCUAGUGACACCAAAUCGGACACGCUCCUACUAGACCACCCCCUGACCUUGCAUUUGUUUUUUCAGAGCGUUAGCUCAAAAGGGGCCCGAGCACGGCCCCGUUUCUCACUCCACAAUUAACCCUUUAAUGACCAAAUGCUUCAAAACGGGCUAAAAAGGUCAAAAUCUCACACAUUCCUUCACCAAUUUGGACCAAACUGCACAGGUUCUAGAUAUAGAAACUAAUGUGAAUGCUCAUGCACCUUUUCAGACCUCCAGGGGUCCUGAAGAAGGAAUGAGGGCCAAAAAGACACAUUUUUUCAUAAAUGUCCCUCUUUUGCUCUCAUUUCUCUUCUGUAACACUCAGAGAGCUGAAACCUGGGAUCUGGUACCUCUGAAACAUCUAAAAUCGCAAUCCACUGGAACUAUUUUGCUAGCCCCUCCCAAACCGGAAGUAGCUCCAGGAAUGACCUAGAGACUUGUGCUUCACAUCAAUUGUUCAUCAAGGUCACCUGAAUCACCCCUGAAAGUUUCAGCUCAUUUGAUGCAAAAAUGACCGGUUUGUGUGGCUUCAUAGUCCAAAAAUGUGAAAAUUUGACCCUGCGCCAGGGGUCACAGGAAGGUCAUAGAGACACCAAACCACCACAGUUCAGCUCCAAAUAUAGCCUAGUAUAACAUACUAAAAGAUCAGCCCCAGGGUCCCAGUAGAAAAAUCUGACCAAGUGUUCAUGUUGGAAAAUCAGGUCUUGUAACACUGGUAGACCCUGAGAGCCUUCUGCCAGUGAAAUUAGACGGUCAUUUUUUACCCGAACGGGACGAAAUCUUAACCACAAGUACUAGGGCCCCCCGUGAGUCAGUAUAUACAAUAUCAGCCUCCUAGAUCAACAGGGGGGCAGAUGGUACCAUCUUGUAGUUUGGAAGUGUGCCCCUUUAAUGUCCAAAAGGCCAAUUAAGGUCAAAAUCUCACAGAUUCUUUGACCAAUUUGGACCAACCUGCACAUGCUUGAUACUGGGUCCAAAAGCAAUACUGGUGUAUGUUUUCAGACCACCGGGACCUGCAACGGCAAAAUAGGAGCAAAAAAGACACUGGAACAGGGGCCUUUUUUAAGAUGGAAAUGUAAAAUGAAUGAGAAACAGUGUGAGAACAUCAAUCAAAGUGCACAAAAGUGCAUAAAGUCAUAGAACAGGAUGUGCUGAAUGCUCUGGGAGCAAGUCUGCAGUGAAAACACCUUUGAAGGGGUCAAGGGUCACUAAAUCUGAAGACUUCAAAUGAAGGAGACAUUUUGUGUAACAUAUCAAAUAUCAUAAAAGUCAUUCCCAGUGGAAUUCAAGUCUGAUAUUUUGUGGGACUAUUCAGAGCAGUCACAUGAAGCACUGUGUCUGUUUUCAAGGGUUUAGUCCAAUGGGAACCUGUUUUUUUCAGCAGUGAGGCCUACUAGUAGUUACGAAGCCUGAGGCCUUGAAACGUGUAAAAAAACAUUCCUGCUCGGUCAUUUUUGGGUCUUGUGACACCAAAUCGGACACGCUCCUAGUAGACCACCCCCUGACCUUGCAUAUGUUUUUUCAGAGAGUUAGCCCAAAAGGGGCCUGAGCACGGCCCCGUUUCUCACUCCACCAUUAACCCUUUCAUGUCCAAAUGCUUCAAAACGGGCUAAAAAGGUCCAAAUCUCACACAUUCCUUCACCAAUUUGGACCAAACUGCACAGGUUCUAGAUAUAGAGGCUAAUGUGAACGCUCAUGCACCUUUUCAGACCUCCAGGGGCCACGAAGAAGGAAUGAGGGCCAAAAAGAUACAUUUUUUCAUAAUUGUCCCUCUUUUGCUCUCAUUUCUCUUCUGUAACACUCAGAGAGCUGAAACCUGGGAUCUGGUACCUCUGAAACAUGUAAAAUCGAAAUUUAGUGGAAGUGUUUUGCUAGCCCCUCCCAAACCGGAAGUAGCUCCAGGAACGAGCUAGAGACUUGUGCUUCACAUCAAUUGUUCACCAAGGUCACCUGAAUCACCCCUGAAAGUUUCAGCUCAUUUGAUGCAAAAAUGACCGGUUUGUGGGGCUUCAUAGUCCAAAAAUGUGAAACUUUGACCCUGCACCAGGGGUCACAGGAAGGUCAUAGAGACACCAAACCACCACAGUUCAGCUCCAAAUAUAGCCUAGUAUAACAUACUAAAAGAUCAGCCCCAGGGUCCCAGUAGAAAAAUCUGACUGAGUGUUCAUAUUGGAAAAUCAGGUCUUGUAACACUGGUAGACCCUGAGAGCCUUCUGCCAGUGAAAUUAGACGGUCAUUUUUUACCCGAACGGGACGAAAUCUUCACCACAAGUACUAGGGCCCCCCGUGAGUCGGUAUAUACAAUAUCAGCCUCCUAGAUCAACAGGGGAGCAGAUGGUACCAUGUUGAAGUUUGGAAGUGUGCCCCUUUAAUCUUCAAAGUGCCAAUUAAGGUCAAAAUCUCACAGAUUCUUUGACCGAUUUGGACCAACCUCCACAUGCUUGAUAUUGGGUCCUAAAGCAAUACUGGUGUACGUUUUCAGACCACCAGGACCUACCACAGCAAAAUAGGAGCAAAAAAGACACUGGAACAGGGGCCUUUUUUAAGAUGGAAAUGUAAAAUGAAUGAGAAACAGUGUGAGAACAUCAAUCAAAGUGCACAAAAGUGCAUAAAGUCAUAGAACAGGGUGUGCUGAAUGCUCUGGGAGCAAGUCUGCAGUGAAAACACCUUUGAAGGGGUCAAGGGUCACUAAAUCUGAAGACUUCAAAUGAAGGAGACAUUUUGUGUAACAUAUCAAGUAUCAUAAAAGUCAUUCCCAGUGGAAUUCAAGUCUGAUAUUUUGUGGGACUAUUCAGAGCAGUCACAUGAAGCACUGUAUCUAUUUACAAGGGUCUAGCCCCAUGGGAACCCGUUUUUUUCAGCAGUGAGGCCUACUAGUAGUUACGAAGCCUGAGGCCUUCAAACGAGUAAAAAAUCCUUCCUGCUCGGUCAUUUUUGGGUCUAGUGACACCAAAUCGGACACGCUCCUACUAGACCACCCCCUGACCUUGCAUUUGUUUUUUCAGAGCGUUAGCUCAAAAGGGGCCCGAGCACGGCCCCGUUUCUCACUCCACAAUUAACCCUUUAAUGACCAAAUGCUUCAAAACGGGCUAAAAAGGUCAAAAUCUCACACAUUCCUUCACCAAUUUGGACCAAACUGCACAGGUUCUAGAUAUAGAAACUAAUGUGAAUGCUCAUGCACCUUUUCAGACCUCCAGGGGUCCUGAAGAAGGAAUGAGGGCCAAAAAGACACAUUUUUUCAUAAAUGUCCCUCUUUUGCUCUCAUUUCUCUUCUGUAACACUCAGAGAGCUGAAACCUGGGAUCUGGUACCUCUGAAACAUCUAAAAUCGCAAUCCACUGGAACUAUUUUGCUAGCCCCUCCCAAACCGGAAGUAGCUCCAGGAAUGACCUAGAGACUUGUGCUUCACAUCAAUUGUUCAUCAAGGUCACCUGAAUCACCCCUGAAAGUUUCAGCUCAUUUGAUGCAAAAAUGACCGGUUUGUGUGGCUUCAUAGUCCAAAAAUGUGAAAAUUUGACCCUGCGCCAGGGGUCACAGGAAGGUCAUAGAGACACCAAACCACCACAGUUCAGCUCCAAAUAUAGCCUAGUAUAACAUACUAAAAGAUCAGCCCCAGGGUCCCAGUAGAAAAAUCUGACCAAGUGUUCAUGUUGGAAAAUCAGGUCUUGUAACACUGGUAGACCCUGAGAGCCUUCUGCCAGUGAAAUUAGACGGUCAUUUUUUACCCGAACGGGACGAAAUCUUAACCACAAGUACUAGGGCCCCCCGUGAGUCAGUAUAUACAAUAUCAGCCUCCUAGAUCAACAGGGGGGCAGAUGGUACCAUCUUGUAGUUUGGAAGUGUGCCCCUUUAAUGUCCAAAAGGCCAAUUAAGGUCAAAAUCUCACAGAUUCUUUGACCAAUUUGGACCAACCUGCACAUGCUUGAUACUGGGUCCAAAAGCAAUACUGGUGUAUGUUUUCAGACCACCGGGACCUGCAACGGCAAAAUAGGAGCAAAAAAGACACUGGAACAGGGGCCUUUUUUAAGAUGGAAAUGUAAAAUGAAUGAGAAACAGUGUGAGAACAUCAAUCAAAGUGCACAAAAGUGCAUAAAGUCAUAGAACAGGAUGUGCUGAAUGCUCUGGGAGCAAGUCUGCAGUGAAAACACCUUUGAAGGGGUCAAGGGUCACUAAAUCUGAAGACUUCAAAUGAAGGAGACAUUUUGUGUAACAUAUCAAAUAUCAUAAAAGUCAUUCCCAGUGGAAUUCAAGUCUGAUAUUUUGUGGGACUAUUCAGAGCAGUCACAUGAAGCACUGUGUCUGUUUUCAAGGGUUUAGUCCAAUGGGAACCUGUUUUUUUCAGCAGUGAGGCCUACUAGUAGUUACGAAGCCUGAGGCCUUGAAACGUGUAAAAAAACAUUCCUGCUCGGUCAUUUUUGGGUCUUGUGACACCAAAUCGGACACGCUCCUAGUAGACCACCCCCUGACCUUGCAUAUGUUUUUUCAGAGAGUUAGCCCAAAAGGGGCCUGAGCACGGCCCCGUUUCUCACUCCACCAUUAACCCUUUCAUGUCCAAAUGCUUCAAAACGGGCUAAAAAGGUCCAAAUCUCACACAUUCCUUCACCAAUUUGGACCAAACUGCACAGGUUCUAGAUAUAGAGGCUAAUGUGAACGCUCAUGCACCUUUUCAGACCUCCAGGGGCCACGAAGAAGGAAUGAGGGCCAAAAAGAUACAUUUUUUCAUAAUUGUCCCUCUUUUGCUCUCAUUUCUCUUCUGUAACACUCAGAGAGCUGAAACCUGGGAUCUGGUACCUCUGAAACAUGUAAAAUCGAAAUUUAGUGGAAGUGUUUUGCUAGCCCCUCCCAAACCGGAAGUAGCUCCAGGAACGAGCUAGAGACUUGUGCUUCACAUCAAUUGUUCACCAAGGUCACCUGAAUCACCCCUGAAAGUUUCAGCUCAUUUGAUGCAAAAAUGACCGGUUUGUGGGGCUUCAUAGUCCAAAAAUGUGAAACUUUGACCCUGCACCAGGGGUCACAGGAAGGUCAUAGAGACUCCAAACCACCACAGUUCAGCUCCAAAUAUAGCCUAGUAUAACAUACUAAAAGAUCAGCCCCGGGGUCCAAGUAGAAAAAUCUGACCAAGUGUUCAUGUUGGAAAAAUCAGGUCUUGUCAGACUCUUAGACCCUGAGAGCCUUCUGCCAGUGGAAUUAGACCAUCACCCUCAUUUUUUACCCGAACGGGACGAAACCUUCACCACAAGUACUACGGCCCCCCGUGAGUCGGUAUAUACAAUAUCAGCCUCCUAGAUCAACAGGGGGGCAGAUGGUACCAUCUUGUAGUUUGGAAGUGUGCCCCUUUAAUGUUCAAAGUGCCAAUUAAGGUCAAAAUCUCACAGAUUCUUUGACUGAUUUGGACCAACCUGUACAUGCUUGAUCUUGGGUCCUAAAGCAAUACUUUAUUGUCAGUGAACAAAGCAAACAAUGAUCACCGGACCAUGAUGUAUGGAUUGUACUUUAUUUCAUGGGGAAAAAAAGUAUUUAAUAAGCUGCAUAAACACACCCACCAGGAAAUUAUGUCAAUCUGUUGAUUAUCUAAUAAAUCGAAAUCCAAAAUAUUAAAAAAAAAACUCAUGCUUUUGUCGGGAGCGAGCAAUAACAUCCGGAUUGUCUCAAAAACGGGGGUGCCGAAUUCCAAGGAAGAAUAUAUUUGUAAUCUCCGGGGCACUAAAAUCCGUCUGAGGUUGUUUAUUUAUUGAAUAGAUAUCGUCAGUAACUACACAAAUAUGUUAAGAGCUCAGAUAACGACACAAUGUAAUGAAUAAAUUCAAUAACAUGUAGGCCUACGCCAUUUGGUUUAGCCCGUGGACAUUAUUUAUUGAUUAGAUUUGGCUCAAAAUUCAUGCUUUGGAUUCUAUUUUAUACUUACAUGUUUCACCAAGCUUACUACUAAGGUUUAGGCUAUAAAAACGCUGUGCAGUGUUCUUACUGUUCUUUACUUGCACAUAUAAACUAAUGUACCAAAUAUUUCACAGCACAAAUGUCCACCAGCUGUGGAGCUUACAGUACUAAUUUCACAUGCACAUUAUCUGUGUGUGCUACUGCCCACCAACAUGAUGAUAAGGUGUUGUGUUUUUGUUUGUUUGUUUUUGUGGAAAGAAAUUUUUGGUCUCUAUGCAUCUUAAAAUUCAAUUUAGAUCAUGAUAAUCAUGCAUGCCACUGAAUCCCCUGGACCAAAAUCUUGAUAGGCCUGAUGGAAACAAGUCGAAUUUGCUUUCGGAGAAGUCCUAAGCACCUCUGCAAAUACCGAUGGGUGAAAAUGAAAGGAAAAUCAAUGUGUAUGCAGCCAUCCUGGGUCUACAGAACAGCUUCACAGUAUAUGGAAAUCUAUAGGACAGAUAAACAUUUUCUUUAAGACUUCUCCUCAGUAACACAAACUUUUAUAGAAGUAACUUAAUUGACUUUUUUACUCAGAAUCUAAUAAUCUGAAUUUAAAAUGAUUCUCCACUCAUUUAUAAUUUUUUAAAAAUUUGUACUUAAAUUUCCUCAAUAAAUAAAUGAAGAAGCCAAAUGUUUUAUUCAGAAUUGUUAAAUUCGGUGUCCCUUUUUAUAGUUUUAGGAUUUGUGUGAAUUUCUGAUGCUGUUUUAGGUGAAAUUUUAAAAGACAUGGCCAUGAAAGGGUUAAUGAAGUUUUAAGAUGAGUUUUCAGGGUCAGAGCUGCUCCUGUGUGCUCACCCCCUCCCCCCAUGCUGAUGGCUUGUUCACCAAUUAUCCAAUCAGAGGUGGAGAAGCGAGGUGAAGAGGUCAGCUCGCUGGGACUUGCCCGAGCACCUCCCCCUUUCAUGCACCUGGUCUCUCCUCUGACUCCGACAUGCAGCAUUUGACAUGGACAGAUUUAAAAGACGACUUGGAACUUUACGGAAGCACCACCGAAAGUGUGAAGAGAGAAUGGAAAAUGCUCAGGCCAAAAAGGACCACUGCCGCUCAUCAGAUGAACAUACACCUCUCAAAGGGAGGCAUAGUGAUGAACCUGAUAAAGCCUGCUACCUCCCAUCAGCACCAUCACCAUCCAGAGAAGAUGAGGUGCUCACUGAGGAGUCUCUGUUAUCCAGUCACAGUGGAUCUGAUGCAGACUACAGACCACCAUCAUCACUAGCAUUCAGUGAAGAUGAGGUGCUUGCACAGGAGUCCCAGUCAUCCUGCCACAGUGCACCAGAGAAGCACCACAGUCAUUUAUCAUCUGGUGAUACCGAGAUCGGGUACUUCACCAGUUCCUUCCAUGAUGGAGAACAGCUGUCCACCACAAGCUCAUCAGCUCAGAGGCAAAAGAAGACUGUCACAAGACGAAGACAUGAUGAAGAUGAUGAUGAUGACUCUGAUCGAGAGGUGCCACAUUCAGCUGCAGCAAGGUCACUUGUAAAGGGACAAUGGCAGACUGCAAGAAGACAUGAUGGAGAUGAUGAUGGCACUGAUGAGGGUGAUGGGAGUGAUAACACCAGUCAAAGCACUGAAAACACAGAUGGAGUGGUGCAUCAGGAGAUGGGUGGAAGGCCACCUGUUAUGCAAAAAGAGAGAACUCCAGAAAAGCAUGAUGAUGAUGAUAGACAGGAGCCACACUCAACUUCAGGAAGCCCAGCUGUUGACAAACCAAAGAGGAUUGCAACCACAAGACAAGAUGAUGAUGGUGAUGAUGAAGAUAGCAGGGACUCUGAGCAUGAUGAAAAGGAUCGAAAAAGGCGUGUUAGGAGACGAAGGAAAGCUGUACAUAAACGAAAGUGUCAACAAGACGAUGAUGACUGGUAUGGAGAGGACAGACAGACUAUUGCCACCAAAUCCCCUCAAAAGGACCGAAAGAAGACUACAAUUACACGAGAAUGCAGUGAUGUUGAUCCUCAAGAAAUGGAAGUGAAGAAACAAGGUAACAGACCCUGGAACGACCAGGAGAGGUCUGCAGUCAAACGACACCUUGGCAAAUUCAUCGCACUGAAGAAGGUUCCAGCAAAGCAGCACUGUCUGAUGUGUAUUGACAAAGAGUCUUCAGUCCUAAGAGCGCGGCGGUGGACAGACGUGAAAUAUUUUGUCUACAAUGAAAUUGUCAAAAUCAAGUGAAAGCCUACAUUCUGAGUUUAUAGACUACAACAGAGGGAGGACACUGAGAUGAGAGGCCUGUGUUUUAAAGGGUUUAUUGUCUGUUCGUGUGUUCAUUUGUUAGGAGCCCCUUUAGCCAUGCCCUACAGCACAGCAGAUUUUUUAAACAGCAAUUUGCGUUGAGGAAUUGACACCUGCAGUUUGUUACCUUUGAAGAAGAUGUCUCAGGACACACUUGGAUGUUCAGUAUUAUUGUUAUAAACUGCUGCAUUUUGAAUAGGUGCAAUAUAUUAAUAUUUACUGCACUUUGCACAACUGAAGAGGCUUGGAACUGGAGUUUUUGGUUGCCAAGACUGGAUAUUAAACAAUCCGGUGUUUACCAGUU